UUCGGCAACGGCACACAAUACACAUCAAAAAAGAAGCAGAUAGGAGGAGCAAGAAGAAGAUCGAAGGCGAUGGAGUACGAGUACCACUACAACAGCAGCGGCAGCGGCAGCUUCGCCAAGGAGAAGCGGCCUCCGGCGAAGAGGGGGCAGGUCAAGCUCCAGAUAGCGAGGGCGCUGAGCAACCUCGUGUCUCCCGGCGGCGCCGUUGAUGGCUCGAAGCAAGCAAAUCGUAACAGCUUCAGAAGGGAAACAAGCUACAACUGAACAAGAAACUUAGUACUCCCGCCGGACGGAGGGAGUAAUAUAUGGUGCGUGUGACAAAGUGGGGUAGUUACUAGUUGUUUUCCUUUUGAGGAUUUUAGCAGAUGGUCUCUCAGUUUAAUAUGUACUGACCAUCUGUUUGAUCCACUAUACUGUAACUUUGCUUGAGUGGGAACGAAAGGAAGUCCCAUGUGAUAGAUGUACAAACUUUGGGCAUAUACAUGCAUCAGGGUGUGCUUGUGGAGUACUUAAUCUUUCAA